AUGAAGAAAGGAGGCAGUCUCUCGUUUCUCUUCGUGCUUCUCAUCGCCACUGUCACUUCCGUCCUCUGCUUCAGUGAUGGUAUGUUACCAAACGGCGACUUUGAGCUAGGACCAAAACCAUCGGACAUGAAAGGAACACAAGUGAUAAACAAGAACGGUAUUCCAAGCUGGGAGCUUUCAGGCUUCGUUGAAUACAUAAAAUCCGGACAAAAACAAGGAGACAUGCUUCUCGUAGUCCCGGCCGGUAAGUUCGCUGUCCGGCUAGGAAACGAGGCAUCGAUCAAACAGAGACUUAACGUGACAAAAGGAGUGUAUUACUCGCUCACGUUCAGUGCCGCAAGGACUUGCGCUCAAGACGAACGGCUCAACAUAUCGGUCGCACCUGACUCGGGAGUUAUUCCUAUACAGACUGUUUAUAGUAGCAGUGGAUGGGACCUUUAUGCUUGGGCGUUUCAAGCCGAGAGUAAUGUGGCUGAGAUCUUGAUUCAUAAUCCUGGCGAAGAAGAAGAUCCUGCUUGUGGACCACUCAUUGAUGGUAUAGCAAUCAAGGCUCUAUACCCUCCAAGACCUACCAAUAAGAAUAUAUUGAAAAAUGGAGGAUUUGAAGAAGGUCCUUAUAUACUUCCAAACGCAACAACGGGCGUUUUGAUUCCUCCCUUCAUAGAAGAUGACCAUUCUCCUUUACCCGCUUGGAUGAUCGAAUCACUCAAAGCCAUCAAAUACGUUGACGUCGAGCACUUCUCGAUCCCACAAGGCCGUCGAGCUGUCGAGCUAGUCGCGGGGAAAGAAAGCGCGAUCGCGCAAGUGGCUCGCACCGUCGUGGGAAAGACUUAUGUGCUUUCUUUUGCGGUUGGAGAUGCCAACAACGCGUGCAAAGGAUCGAUGAUAGUCGAGGCGUUUGCAGGAAGAGACACUUUAAAAGUUCCUUACGAGUCGCAAGGGAAAGGAGGUUUCAAACGCGCUUCUUUGCGGUUCGUAGCGGUUUCUAACCGCACAAGGAUUAUGUUUUACAGCACGUUUUACGCGAUGAGAAGCGACGAUUUCUCGUCGCUGUGUGGACCUGUGAUCGAUGAUGUUAAGCUCCUUAGCGCUCGUAAGCCGUAA